AAACCACCUGUCUUAUGACCGUUAACUUGCCUAGCUUGACAUCGUUGUUCAGCUAUCCACAACAGGAGCUUUGGGGCGUCGUUUUUGUCCUUUUUUAUGCUCUGAACAGGUCUGUUAACCUGUCUGAAGUGACUGGUGGCCGUCCUUUAAUGGGAAUUACCGGCAGGAUGAUUCCUACCGAGGAUGCGUCCGCCAGGAAGAGGGAGAUAGAGGAGAAGCUGAAGCAGGAGCAAGAGACGCUGUCAUUCAUCAGAGAAAACCUGGAGAAGAGUGAUCAGCUGACCAAGGGCAUGGUCUCCAUCCUGUCUUCGUUCGAGAGCCGCCUGAUGCAGCUGGAGAACUCCAUCAUCCCGGUUCACAAACAGACGGAGAACCUGCAGCGCCUGCAGGAGAACGUGGACAAAACUCUGUCCUGCAUGGAUCACGUCAUCAGCUACUACCACGUGGCCAAAGACACCGACAGGAUCAUCAGAGAGGGACCGACAGGCAGACUGGAUGAGUAUCUCGCUUGUAUUGCAAAGAUUCAGAAAGCUGUUGAAUACUUUCAAGACAACAACCCCGACAGCCCCGAACUCAACACAGUGAAAGCACGCUUUGAGAAGGGCAAAGAGCUGCUGGAGGCCGAGUUCCGCAGCCUUCUGACCCGCUACAGUAAACCGGUUCCCCCCAUCCUCAUCCUGGACGCCAUCAGCGUGGAUGACGAGCUGGAGGUGCAGGAGGAGGUGGUGCUCGAACACCUGCCUGAAGCCGUCCUCCAGGACAUCAUCUGCAUCGCGGGCUGGCUGGUGGAAUACGGACGCAACCAAGAUUUCAUGAACGUCUACUACCAGAUCAGGUCCAGCCAGCUGGAUCGCUCCAUCAAAGGCCUGAAGGAUCACUUCCGUAAGAACAGCGCCUCCUCUGGGAUCCUCUACUCGCCCGCCGUCCAAACCAAACGCAAGGACACGCCCACCAAAAAGGCUCCCAAGCGACCAGUCUACAUCCCAGGGACCAUUCGCAAGGCUCAGAACCUUCUGAAACAGUACUCACAGCAUGGGCUGGAUGGGAAAAAGGGGGGCUCUAACCUCACUCCUUUGGAAGGUUACGAUCACGACCUGCGGGUCAAACACCACUCUGACGCCCUGACUGAGAAGCAUGGGGCCGCCGCAGGAAAGGACGAUGUCCUGGACAUCGAGAUCGACUCCUACAUCCACUGUAUCAGUGCCUUCGUCAAGCUGGCCCAGAGCGAGUACGCCCUCCUCACAGAAAUCAUCCCCGAGCACCACCAGAAGAAGACCUUUGACUCCCUCAUUCAGGAGGCGCUGGACAACCUGAUGCUGGAGGGAGACAACAUCGUGUCUGCAGCUCGCAGGGCCAUAAUGCGCCACGACUACUCUGCCGUCCUCACCAUCUUCCCCAUCCUCAGACACCUGAAAAUGAACAAGUCUGAGUUUGACUCAACACUGCAGGGAACAGCAGCGAGCACCAAGAACAAGCUGCCGACACUCAUCACUUCUAUGGAAACUAUUGGAGCCAAAGCUCUGGAGGAGUUUGCAGACAGCAUCAAGAACGACCCUGAUAAGGAGUACAACAUGCCCAAGGAUGGAACAGUCCACGAACUGACCAGCAAUGCCAUCCUGUUCCUGCAGCAGCUGCUGGACUUCCACGAGACAGCCGGAGCCAUGCUGGCCUCACAAGAAACCAGUUCGGCAAGCAGCUACACUUCCGACUUCAACAAAAGGCUCCUCAGCACUUACAUCUGUAAGGUUUUGGGGAACUUGCAGCUCAACCUGCUCAGCAAAUCCAAAGUGUACGAGGAUUCGGCUCUGAGCGCCAUUUUCCUGCACAACAACUACAACUACAUCCUCAAGUCGCUGGAAAAGUCUGAGCUGAUCCAGCUGGUGACUGUGACCCAGAAGAAAGCGGAGAAUUCAUACAGAGAGCUGAUAGAGCAGCAGAUCCAGAUGUACCGGGGCAGCUGGGUGAAAGUCAUCGAGCACCUGACAGACAGGAACAUGCCCGUCUUCCAACCUGGCACCAAGCUGAAAGAUAAAGAGCGGCAAGUAAUCAAAGACAAAUUCAAGGGUUUUAAUGACGGGUUGGAGGAGUUGUGUAAGAUCCAGAAGGGUUGGGCCAUCCCGGACAAAGAGCAACGAGACUUCAUCCGUCAGGCUCAGAAGAAAGUGGUGUCUGAUGCUUACAGGGCGUUCCUGCACAGAUGCGCCAACAUCUCUUUCACCAAGAACCCCGAGAAGUAUCACAAGUAUCGACCGGAGGAAGUGGAGGAGAUGAUUGAAAAGUUGUUCGAUACGUCCGCCUGAGCUGCACUUUGAUCAGACCCAAACUCAUGUUCUCCACCUCCACCUCCCCCUCCCGUACAAAACACAAGCUCCUUUAACAACAGAGACGCUCUCCUCACUCACACUACUGUUAACCCUCGUCGUGUCUGAUUAAUGUUUUGUACAAAGAUAUGAACAUGAUGUAUUUAUGUAAUUUAGCCGUUCCAGAUUAACAUUUCAAAAAAAAUAAAUAA